AUGUUUGGCGCUUUGGUCGCGUUCUUUGUCAUCGCGAGAUGCACUGCGCUUGACGCACGCCAUGGUUCUCGAGAUCAUCAUAGCAUCAAGCGAGAUGUCUGCGUAGUCGGAGGUGGAUCGAGCGGCACAUAUGCUGCCGUUCGUCUGCAGCAGAUGGGCCACAGCGUUGUCCUGAUCGAAAGAGAAGCUCGACUUGGAGGUCACGUAAACACAUAUCGCGAUCCAGUCACGAAUACGACUGCGGAUUAUGGCGUCCAAAUCUUCUCGAAUCGGACAGUCCUCCGCAACUUCUUCAAGCAUUUCGAGAUACCCUUGGUCAAGCUCCCUCAGGGCUCAGGCAUGCCCAAAACCACCAACUUUCGCACCGCAGAACCAGUGAAGGCUUCGGACCCCUCGGCGGAACAGCUCGCGCAGGCUUUACUCGCAUAUGAUGCUCAGCUCGCAAAGUACCCAGGCCUGGCAGAUGGAUUCAUCUUACCUUCUCCGGUGCCCGAGGAUCUCCUUCUAGAUUUUGGUGAUUUCUUGCGGAAAUAUGAUCUGGAAGUCUUGGCUAACCUGUUCUUCGCCUACAAUCAAGGAGCUGGAAACAUACUGGCGCAACCUACUCUGUACAUGAUGAAGUACUUUGAUCACAUCCAAGUGCAAGACAUUUCCCAGUCGGCCUUCGUCAUGAAUGGUCUGUCUGACAACCAGCUGCUCUAUGAUCGUGCACAGAAGGAGCCUGGCAAGAACGUCUUGCUGGACACUGAUAUCCUCAAGAUCAGACGCAGCCGGAAGGGUCAUGUUGUUCGUGUCAUGACACCAGGUGGCCCAAAGACCAUUCACGCGAAGAAGUCACUACUGGCGAUCCCACCAACGGUAUCAAAUCUAAAGUUUCUGGAUCUCGAUCCAGCGGAAACGAUUGUGUUUUCCAAGCUUAACGGCAGCUCAUACUGGGACGCUGUAGUACAAGACAUUGGCAUACCCAACACCCAGACAGUACGGAACAUCGACCCAGAGGCUGCUCUCGACGUCCCAGCUUUACCUGCGCUAUACAGCUUGUCGAGCACGAAGUUUGACAAAACGCAUUUUGCUUACUACGGAAGCCCUGCAAAAGCCUCCGAAGACGAGGUCAGGUCUACCAUACUUGAUACACUGAGACGGCUACGUGGAGGUUCAAGCCAAGAUGCUAAGAUCGUUGAGCUGCACGAUCACACUCCAUUUAUGCUGACAGCCCCGAAAGAAGACGUUGCGGCUGGCUUCUACGAUAAGAUGCUUGCUUUGCAGGGACAUAAGAAUACGUGGUGGACGGGCGCUGCGUGGCAAUUACAGGCCACUGCGCAGCUUUGGAAUUACACCGAGUGCAAUGUUUUGCCGAGAUUGUUAGCUGGAUAG